GAGCAGGAAGCGGCGGCGGCGGCGGCGCCGGAGGGGACCCGCGCCCGCCCGCCCGCCUCGGCGCCGGGCCCAUGAGGGGAGAUGGCGGCGGGCCGAGCGCUGGCCGCGCUCCUGGCCGCGCUCCUGGCCGCCUCGGCACAGCUGCUCCCGCGGGAAGCUUCCUUUACAAUCUCUCUUCAUAAAGAGGACAACACCACAGUUAUGAUUAAACUGAAACCUGUUCUUCCACUGAGCUGUCGAAUCCGCAUGAAAAAUAUCUUCAUGUCGGAACUCAAGAUAAAGCCUGGGGACAAUGUGACUUUUACCUUCACCUGUAGUACUCCAGAGAAGUAUUUCAUCGCAGAAAUUCAGAAAAAUAUUGACUGUGUGUCAGGCCCGUGUCCCUUUGGAGAUGUUCAUCUUUACCCACCGGGGCUACCUCGCCUUAACAGGACUUACAUCUGGGACGUGAAGGCAAGUACAAAAGCUGGACUUGAACUAAAAUUUUCUACCUCCUGGCUAAGACAGAUUGAAGCAGGAGAGACGUGCCCAGACUCCGUUAGCUACAACAUCAACAGCUGUAUUGAUAAGGCCACGGUGAACAUUGGCACUUUCUGCAGGAAUGGCUCCGUGUCUCGCAUCAAGCUGCUGGGAGGAGUUGUCAUGUCCCUGCACCUCCCGUGGCACUUGCCUCUCACCACCUCAGGCUUCAACAUAGCCAACAGGGCUUCCAUAAAACGGUUAUGCAUCAUUGAAUCCAUUUUGAAGGGGGAGUCUUCAAUCACCCUGAUGUCCCCAAACUACCCACUGGGCUUUCCAGAAGACGAGCUCAUGACGUGGCAGUUUGUGAUUCCUCCCAACAUGAGAGCAAGCGUGUUCUUCCUCAACUACAGCCUCUCCAACUGCGAAAGGAAGGAGGAGAGGGUGGAGUACUACAUCCCCGGCUCCCCCAGCAACCCGGAGGUGUUCAAGCUGAGCGACAGCCAGCCUGCCAAUAUGGCUGGCAGUUUCAACAUGUCCCUGCAGGGCUGUGAUCAGGAUGCCCAGAACCCAGGCAUUCUUCGCCUGCUCUUCCGAGUCGUCGUUCAGCACCCGCAGGUUGAUGAGAAUGUCACCCAUUUGGUCGACCUGAGCAAGGAGAGGAACAUGACUGUGACAAUACACUUGGAAGGGUGGCUCAGCCACAUCCCUCUCAUGUCUGAACCUGUGUGCCUGAUCUGCAAGGAUCCUCGCACCUGCGACCGCGUCUUGACUUUAACCUCUGGUGCCGUCUACAGGAUCUCCUUUCUGUGCAAGGACUUGUCCCGGCUGAGGAUCACGGCUGAAAAAGUCAUAGGCUGUAUGGAUAUUCGUUGGUGUCAGAAGAAGAUCUAUUCCCUUUCAGUGCCCAAGGCUAUUACCCGAUUGCCAAUUCGACUACAUAAGUUUAUUUGGAGGCUCUUGGCCACUGAUAUGAUCAACAUAGAAAUUAUGUCUCCGUCCUUGAAACUUCAGCAACACGUCUCAGAGCAGAGGUGCAACAUGAGCUACAGUUACAACAUUGUUAGUGCCACCCCGGAGACAGAGCUGAAUGUUGGUGUGUUCUGUCCCGGUGGAUCUAUUGAAAAGAUUCAGAUGAGGAAUAAUAUCACCAUAUCCUUAAAAACAUUUGGUAAAGGAUUCAUCAAUGAGUCAAUCCCUCAGGAUCUGAAAAUGUCUUUCGUGCCGCAUAUUAAAGAUGAGUGCAUAUUCACUGUGAGUCCAGAUCCAAAAGCUAAAGUUUACUUGCAGACUCCCAACUGGCCUUACGGCUUACCUCCCUAUGUUUCCAUAUCCUGGCUGAUCGCUGUGCCCAGCAAGCAGACUGCCCGCCUCGGGUUCUCCAAGGACCGCAUGGGCAUUGCCUGUGAGACGGGCCGUGCCUACGUCAACAUCAAGGAGGAGACUCUGGGAGCAGAGGAGAUCGUGCGCCGCGAGGACGAGCUCCUGCCCCAGCCCCGAAACAUGCUCCACAACUUCUGGGUGAACGUCUCCAACUGCAGACCCGUGGAUAAGACGCAGCUGACCUUGCAGUUCUGGGUGACUUUGGCUGACAAGCAGAUAGACCUCGGAAUCAUACUUGCUGUGGUGGCUGGGGCUGGAGUUCUCACAGUGAUUGGACUGACUGUAUGCUGUGUUAAGAAGAAGAAGAAGAAAACCCAGAAUCCCAUGGUGGGAGUGUACAAUGAUAACGUGAAUACCCAGAUGCCUGGAAAAAAGGGCUUAUUCAGAAAAGAGAGGCAAAACAAUGAGUCUCAUGUCUAUGCAGUUAUUGAUGAUGCUGUGGUCUAUGGACACUUGCUGAAGGAGUCCAAUGGCUCAGUCUCUCCAGAAGUCGAUGUCUACCGGCCUUUUGAUGGACCCGUUGGUAGCUUGCCACCUUCUCCACCUCCAUUCUCCUUCAGAAAAGACAUUAAACGCUCUUCUAACACCGAGGAGGAGCCUCUGUCCCUGGCAGACACAGACCAAGACACUUACACGUUUGCUCAUCAGAAGUCGGGGCAGUCAGAGGACAAUGGAGAUGCAAAUAAAAAGGAUAAGGGAGAUACAAGCGUGCCCUUGCUGGAAAAUAAGGAAUGAGAUGGUUUAGUGGAGUAAUUUCAUGCCAGGUAUAGCAGUUUCCUGUGGAAACACAGGUGUAAGGACAGUGGCCUAGGAGAAAAACAUACUGAAGAGUAGUGUUAUUUUUAACUAAGUUUUUAUCUUGUUUUGUUUCAUGUAUGUGUUUUCAGUUGUUUUUUGUCCUUUUUUUUUAAUUUCAGCUGUUGAUAGCUUUCAGUUUUAAAGUGAACACCUAGCAAACUCAGUACCAGUCAGGACUCUCCAAGACUGGUUGUGAAACAGGUGCCAAAGGUGUGCUUCUGCUUUUUAUUAUAUGGGCAUCAGGAAAGUUAAUUCCUAACCACCAGCUUAAAACUGGCCACUGGUAGUGGGGGGAGUGUUCUGUCCUCCUCUCACAAGCCAUUAUUUGUCUGAAUGUGGGUUGGUGACUCCUAGCAGAUGCAGACUGCAUCACUGUCUCAGGGCAGCUCCAGGUUGCACACGUCCAGGCAAUCUGCCAAUAUCUGACCAAAGGUGGGACACCGUCCUUUCCAUCACUUGCAGCUUGAAAAUCCAUCAGAUUUAACAUGCCAGUGGCUGGGUGAGUGUAGUGAAAGACCAUGUAUGCUGCCUGGAAGAGCUCUGUGCCUGUAAAUCAGUGUGAUCACUUGAGCUUGGGCUCUUCUCUUUCAGAAAAUAAGUUAUGGGCUUUCUCUUAAGUUUUAGCUGAUGUUGUUAUACUUGGAUUCCACCAUGUGAGCUUACACCAAAGACUCUUUUAUUUGCUCUUUGACAAAAAUAAUUUCAAAAAUCUAAACCAAUUUGUGGUUCUGUUCAGGUGCCUGUGACAUUCACAUUUUACUAAUACCUUGCACUUCUGGUUGAAGUGAGAGUAAGGAUUCAAUAAAGAAAUAAUGAUGUGGUCAUUCAGGUGUUUACCAGUGCUUUUCACUUCACCUGUUACUAAGUUUUAAAAUACAGGGUAAAGAAAAUUGUUUACAGCACCUCGUGUCUCUGAAUUGCAAAGAAUGAAUCCACAAGAAAAGCCUAGAUAUUUUAAUUUUUUGUUGUUGUAUCAGUCUGAAUUUAUUUAGCAACCAUGUUGUUAUGAUGAUGGGGACAAUUUUUGACUUCUGGCAGAACUUGCACUUCAGUUGUCCAGCUGUCCCUGAAAGGUAUCUCUUGAAAUCAGAUCUCAUUUUAAGUGCUGUAGUUAGCAUGCCGCUCAGUUUCUGUGCCUUUGCCAACAUGAGGGCCAGAUUCCUUUGUGCCAAUGAAGUUGCCUUUUAUAUACAAACAUCUGCCUUGUCCAGGUGUGCAGUUUGCUGAGGGUGUUUGUAAUUUUGUGUGCAGCACUAGACUCGACAACGGGAGAAUUUCUCUCCAAAAACCUUGCCAUGACUGUUUCUGGCCUAGUGAUACACAGAGGUGACAUGAAGCUUUUAGAUAAGUGUUGCAUGCAAUGAUGCUAAACAUUAUAAUAUUUAAAAUUAAAAUGCCUUUAUUAGAAACCUUGCUGUUUACAUUAAGUAAAAAUGUGGAUUUCUUCCUGUGUUAACUAUGCUGGCAUUGCUGAUUGGCUAUUUGGUCAAGUGUGUGUAUUUAACAGUGUGUUACUACUGCUUGGACCUCUACACAAUUCAGUGUAAUGUCAUACCUGACACAGUUUUCUGUAGCACAUAUCAAAACACGUGCCAGCUAAAAGUGCCUUUAAUUGUUCCAGGUAUCUUCCUGCUCAUUUUUAUCACUUUCAGUAGAGAAAUGUGUAUCCCUAGAUCUCUGGCUACUCACUGGGAUCAUAUAUUUCAAAGUGUAGUGAAUAAUUUUGAUGUCAUUUGAAAACUUAAAAAGAUUUCUGCAAUACUGGUAUCACCUUUUCUCAGGUAACUGAAUUGCCAAAAACUAUUUUAUCAAAGUAGUCCAGUUGUGCAUUUGUCUGAUCAAUGUUCCCCACUUCUGUUUUAUUGAAUAGUCUGUAAAAGAAAUCCAAGGCUUUCUCAUUCCUCUAGCUCAACUUCUUCAAUUCCUUAGAUGAAAUUUUUAGUUCAUGUUCCUUGUAACCAACAAGAAGAAAACAUAAUGGAGGUUGGGCUUUUGUUCACAGCCUCUUGAUCCUUGAGAAUAUGAUUCUUGUUGACUGAUACUUCUAUGUGUUCUAACUCGGCUUUUCACAUGACACUAUAAACCUUAGUUUGCAGAUGUCCCCAGUCUAAGGUUGACCUUCACUAUGCUUAUUUGGUGUGUUUAAAGAAAGAGCUCAGACACAGAUUUCAGUUUGUUUGACAUUAAGAGAAAGUUGUGACUCUAAUAUUUUUUUUAUUAAAUAAAUAAAUAAUAAUGCUACUGCCAA